UACCUGGUUAGCAUGCCGUUCUUUUUUACAAUGGCUCUCUUUGCUGUUUCUAGUAUCGAGUAUUGUUAACUAUUGCACUCUUCUUCAUACGGCCGCGGUGUAUUUUCAUAACCGCUACUAAACAGUUACUGUUUAUACAGUUUAUACCUUUGUUGCUAUAACGGCUCCAGUGUAAACUACGAUCUUGUACACCACUGGCGUCUGACACGAGCCAUAUCGACAUAAUACACGCACCCAUCUAUCUACAGGCGCUUAUGGAGUGCGCGUCGCUCACCGCCACUUCCGCUAUCCAGCGGCUCUUCGAAUUUUAAGCGGCGCGGUCCGUUUGCUCAGGAGAGUACAAACGGUCGUUGCCAACAAAACGAUAAAAGCGCAAAUUACAACAACGACACCAACACACUCUACGGAAACCUAUCUGAAGCCGUCGGAUGUUCGCAAUUUUCGGUAGAUAUUGAAUCAACUCCCAUUACUGUCGGCACCGCUGCUGGUCUUUCUGGGAACGUCAACCCGGAUGACAACCGUUGAUUCAACAUAGCACGUGCCUACUCUUCUAGUCAAGAUGUCAAUGGACAAGAAGUUCCUAGGGGAGUUUUUCCCCACUCGAUUGUCAGCCCUAAUAUUUGUUAGUUAUAUCGUGUUUUUCAUCGCCCAGUCAAUUCUUGUGAAGGCGUCUCAAACAAACAAUUUCUAUUCGUACAAUGUCACAUGUGUCGUUAUGCUGACGGAACUGCUCAAACUAAUACUAUCAACCGCUCUCUAUCUCAAAGAUCACAAUUUUUCGACGCUCGUAAGCGAGAUCUUUGAGUAUCGACGGGUCUUGUUGCUGUACUUUGUGCCAGCGCUCCUUUACUGUUUCUACAACAAUUUGGCCUUCCGUAACUUGCAGACAUUCGAUCCGACGACGUACAAUCUGCUUAUGCAGUUUCGUGUCGUCAUCACCGGUUUAGUGUUCCAGAUUCUGUUUAAACGGCGCUUGUCCGGCCAGCAGUGGUUCUCGUUGUGCCUGCUCACCAUUGGGUGUGUAAUAAAACAAUUUAGCGUGCGUACGCCAGAGUUUGCUGCGAGCGCGGACGCUUCCGGGAGCGGGAGCAGUAGCGCUGGAAUUAGCCACGGUCACCAUUCGGAACCGACAUACAACGGCGGUAUACUGUCAGCAUUUUUUUCGUGGAGCAUACUGCUUCUUCUGUUUCAAAUGCUGUGUUCGUGUCUUGCGGGCGUGUACAACGAGUUUCUGCUUAAGGAUACGGGUGCCGACCUCCAUAUCAUGGUGCACAAUAUAUUCAUGUAUAUCGAUUCGAUCGUAUGCAAUCUGGCGUUUCUCAUCUUACAUGGUCAAACAGAUGAAUUAGCAAAUGCAACCAUGCUAGCUAAUAUCUUUAGUCAGCCUUUGAUCAUAGCAGUUAUGGUUAACGGAUCAGUUUGUGGCAUAAUCGUGUCGGUAUUCCUACGAAGCCUCAACUCGAUCUUGAAGACGUUCGCCGGCGCAUUGGACCUCUCGAUUACAGCGGUACUCUGUUGGAUCAUCUUUUCAAUACCAAUAGAAAUACCAACGAUUAUGGCCAUCACGGUUGUGUCUAUAGCGACGUAUCUCUACUCGCAAAACCCCGUUGUUAAUAAACCCAAAGGGCAUGGCAGCAGCGGCAACAGGUUCGGUGGUAAGGAACUCGCCGAAGACAAGGAAACACUCCUGCAAGAGGCAGUUAGGAAGUCUGUGGCUCAUAACGUUCAGCUGCUGAGGUCGACAAAGCCUGACCUCUCCUAGUAGUUUAGUAUUGUUAUCUGUAGUUCAUACCGAAAUGGUGAAUGUCGAAUUAUACAGCCAUUCUAACAACAUGACGGCAACGAAAUGGUAGCGACGUACACCAUUAUCAAUCGCCAAUACCUUACCCAUGCGAACACCAAGACCUCUAAGAGACUCUACAUGAAAAUAAGUGAAGCCAAAAAACAGCCAUCCACGUCCUGUUAUCGGUGCAUUAUCAGCUGGCGGGCAAACAAAAUAACGGUAUUGUUGAAAUGCAUAUGCCUGAAGAAUUAUUCUGGGGGGCAGUCGCUCUGUCGACGGCCUUGCAAUAAUAGUAACAUUCGACAGAUUUCACCGAUAUCUACUUAAUAUUAUUAUCCUAUAUUUAAAGUUACCAGUAUGUUGCUAACGACGGAAACUAGAACAAUUAAAACAAAUCAAGGAAUAUCGCUUGUCCGCGUAAACCUGUGUAAAUGUUGGCAAAAGUGACUGCGCGCGUGUCUGUCUAGAUAUGGCCGCUACUAAUAUUUUUCUGGCUUGUGCUACAUUGUGAGUAUACAUAUGUAAAUAUAUACAUCAUUAUAUGAAGACAGGCCAAAUGCCAUAUGUGAAAGAGAAGAUAGCUAGUUCAACUGACGGACCGCCGAAGGAAAGAAUUUUUUAAAUUUUAAGAAUAAACUUCUACUGUUUGAAUUUUAAAUUUCGGUUACCUGCAUAUGUUUCUUCUCUCUACUUCUUGUUUUCGGAGCACUACCACAUUAAGUAUCGUAAUAGCAUUAUGAAGUAUGUUAGUAUAUGUUUGAUAUAAACAACAUAUUCGUGUUUAAAUAACCGCUGGAGUCAAGUUUUAUUGUCAUAUAUUCACAAUUCAUUGUAUUGAUAAGGUGGGCAUGGUGCAGAUUAAUCAAUAUCAGACCUAGCUGCAAGACUGUGUAGUCCCAUUGGUCCAUCGCACCUCACAAUUGUUCAAUCGGGACAACAAAUGCAUCUUUGCGCCAAAUCAGUCCGGACAACGAAUAAUAUUACACGGGUGGAUUAUUUCCCAUCGCAAGAUUUCCUUUACGCAGAACACAAACUGCAGCAUGAUAAAUGGGGCAGCAAAUCAGGUCACGCUAAUUUUUGUUCUUACUUUUAGGCACCUCUUUAAUUCGAGAGAAGGUAGUGUAACAUUAUCUUACUAUAUAAACUGCGACGUGUUGUGGGCCGCAAUGCAACGACAGGACUACUGUGAGACUGGCCGACGUCAACUGCUGACGGCCGAUGCCACCACACAGGGAUCAGUCUGCACUAGUAGAAGCUACUCACGACUCUUGUAUUAUGGUCACCUCUUGCGGCCGCAGAGCGCAUCAAUACCUCACGGAAUGCUGCUAUCCUAUUCCAUAUAUAGAUCCUUAAUGCAGCACAUUGUUCGUCACUUAUCAUCGGCUAGCAUGGAGGAGAAUAGCAAUUAAGGCCGUUAUAGCAGCAAAGGCAGCGGUUGAUACAGAUGUGCCAGACAGACUGUUCUGUUAUCUGGAAGCGUAUUUAAAGCAUGAACUUUCGCGUGAUAUGACAUUUCCAACGAAUCGUAUUGCUCCACAAUGUGCUUGAGAGUAAAGCUAAAACAUUGAAUUGGGGGUAUUUGGAAAUAAGUCCCGUUUAUCGCGAGGAAAUGAAUCUUCUUUUAUUCUUCCAUUACACGCAACAGCGAAGUUCUGCGAUCUGAUCAGAGAACUGCGGCCCGCCACAAGCAGCUUGAUUGCCGAUGAUUGCCAAGAAAACCUUGAAUGAACGCUUCGCUGAUGACCUCAGCUCCAGUAACAAAAGCUAGGCCCUUUUACAAUAGAGAAAGACUGGCUAACGGGUGAAUGGUAGGUGCUUACAACUAAUCUUCAACGAUCUUCCUCAUUCGCGCGACAUCCAGUAGACGCAGCAUCUGUCCGUGACGGAAACGCGUUCUCAAAUGAGUGAAUAAAGGCCCUAAAGAAGAAGUUACCUAGUUUUCCUCCCUAUGCAAUCAAUAGGUAUGAUAGCUGUGUGAAAGUUUCGUCGUCAAUAAUUUUAGCGGCAGAAACCGUAACAACAAAUUUAAAUAAAUAAC